UUCCCCCAAAACAUCAGAGCUGAGUGCAAAAUUGAGGGCUCUAUUUGCCUCUGCGUGGAAGAAUCGUCAUCCGAAGACGACAGUCUUUCUAAUAUUCUAACCUACUGUUGCCAGAAUGACGUCUUUCAGUUGUAUAUUAUCGGAAGUCGAAUCGUUGGAGGAAGGACAUUUUAUCAAAAGCCUUGCCACAAUCUCAUAGAUUUCCGAAUUCACUCUCCCAGCCAAACCAACCUUGCUCCAGACGGAAUUGCUUUCAACGGGCUUCCAAAUCUUGAAGUUCUUCACAUCACUGGAGAUCCAGCACUCCUGUCGCUUCCAAAAAGUGCAUUUUCUGGAUUGGUCGCCACUUUGCGCCAGUUAAACCUCUCCAACAACGCCCUAUCAGCUCUAACCGGUUUCGAAUUCGCUGGCUUUACAGAUCCAAAUAGCAAGUUAGACGAAGUUGAUUUGAGCAAUAAUAGACUGCAAAAUCUCCGUACUGGUUGUUUCCAAUCGCUGAGGAGCGUUCGAUUCCUAAACCUGGCUGGAAAUUCGAUUUCCGAACUAAGAUCGGACAUAUUCAUUGGUUUAGAGCUUCUUGAGGAGUUGGAUCUGCGUCGAAACCCGGUCACUGUAAUAGUAGGUGGCGCAUUUCAGUCUCUGACAAAACUGCGGAAGCUCCUAAUCUCGGGUUUGGAUUCCAGACCAUCUUCUUUGACUGUGCUUACUCCCGGUAUGCUUUAUGGGUUACAAGCACUUCGACAUUUAGAAAUAUCUAACUUCAGAAUCUCUACUAUCAAUCCAGAGACCUUUGUUGAAUUGCGCCAUUUGGAGGAGUUAGAUCUUUCAGGGAAUCAAUUGGCGGAUGUUCCUUAUAUCGCUUUCAAGCGCAUGGUGAUAGCACAGAGGGGAAGUCGGUUCCAUGGUUUGAAUCUCUCCAACAAUCGAAUCGUCUGUCUACCAGAAGGAGGCUUUGCAGAUUUCCCUCAGUUAAAAUCCCUUGAUUUAAGUGGAAAUCUCUUGACCGUGAUUUCAGAUCAAGCCUUUAUUGGGGCUAAACACCUUCGAGAUCUAGAUCUUCUCGAUAAUCCCAUUUUGGCAAUCAUACCCAGCGCAUUCGAUGAGUUUUCAACAGUCGAUGAAAGUGACCUGCAAGAUGCAGUUUCUAUUGUCCACAGACACCGAUUGGUAGGUGAAUUUUUACCCACGAAAGCAGUAGUACGCAUACCCAAUGACGACACUAUUGCAGGUAUUAAUAGACUCCGUCUGAGAGGUAUCUAUGGUCGUCAAAGUGGCGACCCUGAUACCACAAUGGGGCCUUUUAUAGACAUUUCUUGUCCGCGUCUUCCUCUGCCCAAUCGCAUCUCUCGGAAACGACCCAUAAAUAUCCUAGAAUCUGUCGCAACAACGAUUGAAAACGCCAAAGGACAUAAUGAAAUCCUUCCACACAACAAAAUCCCCUUCCUUAUAAUUAUCGUCUGUGCAGCCCUCAUAUUGGUAGUAACAUCAGCAGCCAUUCUAUCUUGCCAAACUUGUCGUAAACGAAGGCGAAGGGAAAGUAAAACCAACCCUUUGGAGAGCGUUAUUUCUAGUACUCCAGUUUCAGAAUCUAGAAAGUUAUAUUACCCUGCGUUGCACAAAAAAAAUACCUUGUCGCAUAACGGUCUUGAGGUAGUUAGCACAGUAUUUGCUGAACGAGCUCCGGCAGUCAGUGAGAAGAUGUCCACAAGUGAGCGCCUCUUCAACCUGGGUCAAAAACUCGCACCUCCACCCUAUCCACACAACCUUCAAACAAUGGAGGAACGACUCCACCAAGUAGCAGCUUCAACCCCAGUUCCAGGCCUCUUCAACGGUCAUGAUACACCAAGGGAAUCGCCACAUCAACCUCCAUCUGGUCAAGCAUCUCCCAGUAACUUGGGCAGUUCACCAAGGUUUUCUAGCUCUACAUCUUCGGUUCAACAACAACAGCAGCAACGGCAUAAAGUGCCUCCACCUCUGCAUAUCAUCAUGACAACGUCAGCUAUUGACCACGAGAGAUCGCCACCUCCACCACCAAGUAGCGCUUCACCUCUGCACGAGUCAGGGAUUGUCUCCGAUAAUGCUUCAUCUCUCACAACAGCUCUGGGUGUCUUUUAG